AUGCCUCGGCAAUCGAGUGACACCAGCUCUCAAGAACACAGGGCCUUCUAUCAAGACGUGCAUCGCAAGCGUGCCUUUGCAAAUCUGACAGCCAAAUUCUUCAAGGCUGCGAAAGGCGACGCUUUAGCCUCAUGCGCGGAAGAGGCCAUGGAUGAGAAAGAAUACUAUUGCGCGGGACGGCCUACCUACGAACUUGGGGAUUACGCAAAGAGCAAGGGGUAUUUUGAGAACGCUUUGACGCUCAACCCAAAGGAUUCAAGAAAUAUCCAUCUGAAUCAUGCGGACUGGACUAAGAGCACUAUUGUCAAGUCCACUGCUACUCACGGCCGUGAUUUGUUUGCUGCACGAGACAUCGAAGCUGGCAAGAUGGUCUUGUGUGAGAAGGCUCUAUGUCGCCCAAACCUUUAUCAUGACGAGGAAGGCAGCGGCCUGAUUAUGUACAAUCUGGACACCACUUCCCGAACUCAAAGGCCAGCACAGGCAGCUCUGUUUCUUGCAUUAGUCCAAAAGCUGUAUAACAACCCCCAUCUCAACAAGAGUUUCUGUGACCUGGGUGGAGGGCGCCGAUACCUGCGGUCUGGGAAGGAAGGAGAGCUGGUCGAUGGAGUGCCAACAAUUGAUACGUUCCUAGUCGAAUCCAUUCGACUCACGAAUUGCUUCAGCGGCCCUCGGCCCUCCCUCGAACUCCUCAAAGCACGCUUGGCCGCGAGCGACGUAGAGCUCUCAACCGGCUUAUGGAGAAGAGCUGCCUACAUCCACCACUCCUGCAUCCCCAACUGUUCACGCGCCUUUAUCGGUGAUAUGAUGCUUAUUCGCGCCACCUGCGCCAUUCCAGCCGGUACAGAACUCGUCCAACAAUACUCCUCUCCCGAAGCGCAUCCCACAUUCCGACGAGAAUUCUUCCAGAGUGGCCGGGGUUUCGAAUACGAUUUCCAUCUCUGCACCGAGAAACGAUCCCCUGAGCCCAUGCAUCAGAAACGUCAACAGUACCGCUCUCCCCGCAACCCGUCGAAAACCCUCAAGUACGCCUUCGAAGUCCUGAGGAAUUUCGGGUUCGUCGACGCGGUAAAAUAUGGCAUUCUAGAAUUGGACUAUGAGAAGAGGAUAGUGAACAGCAAGGGCUUCAACGCUUUGCGGUAUGCGGCGGAGGCGUAUCUGGCUGUUGGGAAGGUGGAACUCUCGAGUAGGUGCGAAGGGGAGGCGAGGAAGAUGUUUGCAGUGCUCACGGGAUGUGAUGUUGGUGUGGAGGAGGUGUUUGCUGGUUUGAAAUAGUGGGCAACAUGUUUCAGUGAAGGGGCUCAUUUGUGCUUCUGGCAGUCUUGUGUCCUUUCAGCGUUGAAUGGGGUAAAAGCAAAAGCUAUUCAGAGGGAGUUCGAAUUUUCCUAUCUCAUCCAUUGAACAUAUUUAAACUUGCGAAAUCAUCUCAUACCAAGAAAACAAGCUUUGAGGCUCCAUCCGAAUAACUGUAGUGGGUUGACCCCACCACCCGGCAUCCACAUGCCCACGUCACGAUUUGAGUCCAAGAAUGAAUAUAAACACACUCUCUA